AUGAGGUAUUUUCCACGACUUCCGCAGUACUUUUCCUUCUCUCUGUUCUUCAUUCAUCUCCCACUUCAAGCAAUGGCCUCAUGCAAUAACUCCUGUGGCUCUCUACCGGUGAGAUACCCCUUCGGCACGGGCUUCGGCUGCGGUUCUCCUCUCUUCUUCCCUUCCGUCACAUGUACCUCCGGCGGCAUCAGCGACGACGGCGGCAGCGACCAGCUCGUUCUGACCACUCACACGGGCACCUACCCCAUCAAUUCCAUCUCCUACUCUACCUCCACCCUAACAAUUUCCCCAUCUACCAUGUCAAACUGCAUCACCAUGCUCCCCUCCACCGCCAAUUUUGGUCUCGACUGGGCCGGGCCAUUCCAGCUCGGCCCUUCCAUGUUCGUACUCCUCGGGUGCUCCGCCAAUACCUCCUCCCUCAGCUACAAGAACAGCGCCCCCAUCUGCGACAUGAGCCAGUCUCACGUCUGCGAGUCACUGUACUCCUGCCCCGGCAUGCUCUCCCUGGGCAUUCCGAUCUUUGCCCCGGCAAAUUCUUGCUGUGUGUACUCCCCGGCGAGCCUGGGCCCCAAGGGUGAACUCGAUCUCGCAGACCUCCACUGCGCCGCCUACACGUCGGUGAUGUCCUACGGCGACGUCGCCACCGACCCCCUCCGGUGGCAGUACGGCGUGGUGCUCAAGUUCGGCCAGACGAGGUUCGAGGAGUAUGGAGGAGCGGAGAUGUGUGGUGCUUGCGAGAGCAGCGGCGGCGUCUGUGGUUACACCCCCCCGAGGAACUACUUCAGCUGUGUGUGCGCCGGCGGCGUCAAUUCGAGCAUUGAUUGCACAGGCCAGGACAAGGCGCCGAGGGAGUAUUUGGCCUCCAUUGGUACCCUAAUUUCCCCAUCCCAAGGUAAGCAGUCUGUACACUGAAUCAUUCGCCAGCCAUUCACACGGUACGAAUCAGCGUCAUUUGCUGAUUAAGUCCCAAUCUUUAACCCUGUUAUGGAAUCAAGAAUUAGUUACAGACUCAUUGACAUCUUGAUAACUCAGUCUCUAUUGUACUUCCAGGAAUUUUCAUGCUGAGCUCAGCGAUUCUUUUUUUCUUCCUCAUGCGGGCAAUUGAGCUACAGGGAUUGAACGCGAGCUGACAAGGCAGCGACAUGAUCAACAGGUUUCUUCUACACAUGGCUUCUUUAUCGUCCAAGGGAAAGAAGGCUGAGAAGGCACUGAGUUUGUUGUUUAUUAGGAAAGAUCCUAGUCAGAGGGGGUGGGGUGCGGUGUGCUUGUGAUUAAAACAGGGAAUGAGAGAGCUGAUGCAUGCGCCAUGGUGGAUGCCCCUAUGGCAGAAUCGGAUGCUCUGUUUCCUUUUCGAAAAUAGCUCCGCCACCCUUUACGUUUACAAAUUCAACCUAAAAACAGAAGAAGACAAUAUUUCAAGAAAAUGGCUUUCGGAGGUGUAGUUGUUGGGCAACUACGACUGGUGCAGUGAAAGACCCAGGUUAGCCAUCCUCCAAUAUAUUAUAAAACGGCGAAGACUAGUAGAGUUACUUCUAAUAAAUCAUUUGGCGUGUGUUAAACUCGUAAAAGCCCAUAUUCAAUAGCGCUCACCGUACAUUCAUAAUUGCCUAUGUUCCAAGGGCCAUUUGAAAUUUACAGCGUAGGAUGUAGAGCUCAGGACCCUGAACACUGUUGCCAUGGCUUUACCUACUAUACCAUCCUACUCCAAGUGUAACGAUGAGGUUUGGCAAUCUUCAUCAUACAUCUCCGGUUUCUUCCGAUUAAUCCUGGUAAGAGAAGCUGCUAAUGGUGCUGAAGUGACCCCUUUAAGUGACGUUGGUAUUCAAGCCAGAGUUUGUAACUCAUAUGAUGAUAAUCAGUGAAUGUACGAUUCGCCGUAUGGAUUCUAAUGGUAGCUCUCAGCGAGAAAUUGAUACAGAUAGCAUUGAAUAAAAUGAAACACAUUUUUCCAGAUGACAGAAUUCUGAUGUUUCCUUCGAGAAAAACCUUGGAAACAGUGUGGAAAAUACGACAACUUACACUCCUAGUUUGUGUCCAUUAAUCUUACUCGAUCCUGAUGUAAUCAAAUUUCCCGCAGAAAACAUAAUGUAA